CGGAAACAUCCAGUUAUUACUUGUAUACGUUGUUUGGACGAUAUUCAUCGGGCUAAUAAUAGAUGGUACAGUUUUUAUACCUCGCGGAUCGAAGCGCGCUAUUGAACUAACUCGAACUGCCUGGUACGCAGUUUUUCUUAAGGCCCGAUCGCGUACUGAUCGUUCAGUUGUCGGUUGACGCGGUCGGACCGGCUGCAGUGUCGUCGAUUCUUCGUCGAUUUUUGGCAAACAACCUUGCUGAUGAUGAGAAAGCGCAUGAGGUAUAACCGAACCCGUCUGAUAUAGGUGCACGUAGUGCUGGCGUACGUCGCACUACGACUCAAAGAAAUCCAAAAAUAUACAUUCGAAAGCUUGCGCGGCUCGCGCGUUACACUCGGAAGUAAAAAAAAUUGGGUCAAAAGUUUACCGAGUUUCGAAGAGUGUGUAUAGGUGCGUAUGUCGUACGUUUGUUUAUUUACAGAAGUGACAAUUAUCUCACCGUAAGUAUUCAACGAUUUCGGACCACUACGAUUUUUGUGGCAAAUCUGUGAUAUUUUCCUCUCUCGAUGAAAAUAACUAGUGAAAAGUGAACUACAGGUAACGUGCGUACGUGUAUACGAGUGUAUUAAAAUUACGUAAAUUGCGAAUUCGCAGUGCACCGGCGAUUCGUUGAAUCGCGAUCAUUUCUGCGUCAAAGACCACGGGGUCAGUGCCGCAUAUCCAUGUCAAAUGUUUCAAUUAUUAUGGAUCACUAUCCAAGCUUUCUGCGUUGCAUAAACAUCAUAUGGAAAUCGAAGCGAAAUGUAGCAGUGAUUGUGUCAAGGUGAAUCAAUCGGUAUGAAUUCCCUCGGUUUUUCGGUGAUUGAGAGGCGUGGAAAGUAUCUACUCGUACGGCAAGUGCACGGAUCUGGGAAAAUUGAUCUGGAUUUCGGCUAGUCGGAAUCUCAUAUCCAGAACACAACAUGCGCUACUAGGUGAUCCUUCGCGAUGUUCGGUUUAGAGUUUCUCCUCGUUCAAAUUUCUGCUUUAUUAUCCUCACGACUGCGGCGUCGCAGGCGAACGGUAUAAGACAUACACCUCUGCGUACCCGCUGUAAUUUCUUAUAUGAUUUGUCUCGAUUACAACUCGUGCGUCCUGCUUACAGACCACGAACAAACAACAAACAAGCCAACGUCAGACAAUCCCCUGGUGUAAGGAACACCUAAAGAUAUUACGAGUGCUAACCGGAAACCGCGAACUAGUUUCAAAAUGGUCAAAUACAGAAAGAGAUACUCGCGAUAUGAGGCACGUGGUACGUUACAAGGUAUUGGAUUUAGGUGUACGCACGUACUUACUCUAAACGUCAAAGUGUGACGUGUACCGCGCGUUCGUUCGUCGUAACGUUGAGACGCUCUUAUGACAUUGUCCGGUGUUCACCGUACCGUGAUAUCUACGGUGCAGUCAGCAGUAAUUGUGUUUGUUUUUCUUGCUCGGUGCAAACGAGCAGCUAUGGGUGUACGGUCACCCAGAUAUAAUGUACCAGGGGCUGAGAUGAGCAGAGGAAAUCGUCUCGCGCUUCACUAACUUGCACGGGGACCGCCCAUUGAUCGGCAAAGUAGCGCCAUCGGUACGCCUUUAUUAUCUUAUUCGAUAUCUUUGCCGUCAUCGGGACUUCUUCGAGCGUGAUGAAUUCGCUCUAUACGUUAUGACCAGCGUACCUUGCGCUGUAUAUAAAAAGACCGCGGAUCGUAGGCUUCGCAACGAACACUGUGGUGUUCAAAAAUUUAUCAUACACAUUCUCGAAAAUAUUUCUCUUGCGAGUCAAAUCGCAGUUUCUUUCAAUACGAUCCUUUUUUUUUAUUGAAUUUCUUCCAUUACUUUCUUAGAGAUAGCCGGUGUUUAUAAUCAACGAAAAUAUCUUUAUUUUUAUUCAGUUAUGAUCAGACGAUAUGACUUUACUAGGUGCUAUUUGUGGCUAGAAUUGUAGUAGCGAGAUCUUCUUUCAGCGAACUUGCCGGUGGCAUAACAUGUCAGUUUGAAACCACUGCCCAUAAAAAUUCACUGGGCGUCAUCGCGCGAUUUAUUCAAAAUCUAAAAAUGAACCGCGUGUUUUCUCCUGUCCCGAGUGUGCGCGAGAAGCCUUGGCGCGGGUGUCUGCGCUUCUAUAAAUUCUUGAGCGUCGUAAUAGCGUAUGUACGUACGUACAAAUACAUACUUACAACACAGAUAACCAUUUAUCCGUGAUGUCAUUCAAGUCUUACAAUUUUGGCAUUAUUAUACGUUACGUUCGAACAUAGUUAUGCAGUUUCGCAGUUUGGUUGUUGCUAGCUAGCCGAUGUGGUGCCGGUGCAAGAUCAUCGAUGCUGUGACAUCACUGAUGUGCGUUUUCCUUAACGUUACACAAAUUUUUUAGAUCGAUUCGCAGGAUAUGGUCCCGAAAAUCAUACAUAGAAGAUAUGUCGAAACGCAGUCUCGAAAUGUCAAGUUCAGUUUUUGUGAUUUUUAAUGUUUCGUGUCAAAGUUGCGGAAUGUGCGACGACGAAUACCCUGUGCAUCUGUAUUCGAAGGAGUCUGAAUUUUGUUGAACGUGGACAGUGAUAAAAAAUCAAUUCGGUGAUCCUAACAAUUAUCGAUGGAUCGAAUGGUGAACCGGUCAGUUUAAUUUUUUGCGAGAUAGUGAGUGAAAGUUUGUUCUGAAAAAUGCCUCAGUACGACGACUCCUUUCUAGACUCCCCUUUAUUCAGGAGACGAGCCAGAAGUUACAGUCUCCAAAAGAAGGGGACCCCGAACACAAAAAUUUCACACAUGUCAGCCACGCCAACGUUGCUAGCCGUCGCCAAGGCUGGAAUUCUUUUCAUCCCAUCGGCAUCGGCGAUCGACUUAUCCGCUACUCAAGAAGUCGAGGAACGCCACAGCGGCAAAGCGCGCGGGGGUAAAUUGGCGAGGAGAGCUCGCUCCUUCAAGGAAGAUUUUCUAGAGAAAUUGUCCCAUAUGCGUUCACCAGGGGGGAGUAGCAGGGGCGGUGGUGUCGUUGGAGGUGGAGGGGUUGGAGGAAGCAUCGGUGGGAAUACUGGUGGCGGAAGUAGUAGCAGAGCUGGAACGCGUGCCACCUCUCCAUCGUCCCCCCGGACACCUCGAGACAAAACUGCCCUCGGAGAUCCGCUUGAGAAGAACCCUCUGCAUGAUCUGCAUAAUCAUGUACGUGAUGUACAGGUCACGCUCCGUCACUUUAGAGAUGUCGUUUCCAAGAAUACGUUGGAAAUGCUACCAGGAAAUGGGACGAUAGUGUUGGAAACUGUUACCACCAUUCACAACGUCCUCAAGUCUUAUUUACUUUAUGAAAACAGUUCAACUCUGGGUUCAGCAACAAAUCAGGUAUAUCAAGCACUGGCGCAACUAUUAAAACUUUGCGAUGAUGUGUUACUACAUGGGGACCAGUCAUCGGCUCUGAAUGGUGAAAAUGUAACACACGUCGUUAAUUUGGUCGAAGAAGCUGUUAAAAAUCUUGUCACUUUAGCUCAAGAGAAAAUAUUUAACCGGCAAAAACCAGCACCGAUAGCCACCAAUAAUAGAACAUCUGGAUUUGGAUCAGAACUUAUGCCGCAACGAAACUCUUUACCUGACAUUCCCUUAUCCCAAAGAGAGAGACAAAUUUUGGAACAAACCGCGACACCUAAUAAUUUGGUACGCAGUUCGCACAGUUCAGAGUCGAUACUGAGAGAUUCAAGCCCGCCACCGAAACCACCUCUUCCGGACAGGACAAAUGUAUCUCUUUCUGAAGAAAAUAGUUCAACUGGAACACCACCGCCGCUACCGCCCAAGAGAAAAACCCGAGCCCAGCAAUUAUUGGAUGGAUCAGAAUCUCUUCUUACGUCUAGUCUGGACAGAGUAUCUCUCCGAAGUCGAUCCCCUGAGGACUCAUCUUCUCUUUUGAGUGCUUCUGCUGGGAGUUUAGAUUCGGCAUUGAAUCACUCGCGAGAUGAAGAUGAAAUCCGAGCUAUCAUGGGACCCAAUGACGAAUCCCUUAACAAUAGUAUGGAUCUCACCCUUAUGGCUACCAUCCAAGUUCCAGGCAUGCAAGUAAAUGGUAAUAUCGGCUGCGGGUGUGGGGACAGUUCCGAAUCAAGUCUUCCUAGCACAAUGUUGUUGGGUCAGCAAACUCCACAAGACAUUUUCAAUUCUUUUACUGGCUUAGAAGGCAAAAUAGAACGACUAUCUACUCAAACACAAGAGUCAGGCUUUGCGUCUAUGCACUCACAGCGUAGUUCUUCUCAGAGCUAUACGACUGCAUCCAGCAUAACUUCCAAAAGGUCUUCACAGCAAAGUAGCAUAAGUUUUAAUUCUCAAUCAUUCAGUUCCCAACAACAAUCAUUUUCCCAACAAAAAAUGUCGGCGGAUAGUAACGGAUCAGUUUUCUCUCAAAGGACGAUCACAAGUUCAAGAAGUACCCAUAGUACGACGAACAUUAGUGGAAACGGGGAUGCAGCAAUCCUUGAAAAACUGCAACUCGAUGAUAUUAGUAGACAAGAUACUAAUGGUGCACCACCAGCCCUCCCGGAAAAACGGUCCAGACGUAGGAAGGAGAGACAACCUUCGCAGUAUGACAAUGUACCAGAAAAUGAACAUCUAUCAACAUGCAGCUUACACACGAGCACUAGUGACAGUCCUGAUACGAGCAAACCUCCGCCGUUGCCACUCAAGAAGCGACACAUGUUCCAAUCAGUGGCAUAUUCCGUUAUGGCCUAUAUGGAAAUGUUCGGCAACUGUGCGCAUAGCAAUAACGACUUUAUAUCUGGACUGGGAACUCGACAUUCGCUUGCGGCUUACAACUCAAUGCAAGCUGAGUGGCAGCAACAUGAAAUGUCAUUGACUACAACGCAAUCCUGCUCCUUCAUGGCUCAUUCAGCCACAAGCACCACACAUGAUAGCACAAGUAUUUCCGUCACAGUGCCACCAUUGAUUAAAAAUGUGACGAAUAACUAUGGUCUACCACCAGCGCUACCACCAAAGAGAUCUCGUUCAAUCAGAUCAAAUGACACAACUCCACCUCCGAUCUCACCCAAGCCCACAAUCAGCAUGCAAAGUGUAUUCACUUCUGACAUACCGAUUACCCCAGUCAAGCCUAUCGAGCUAUCCGUCAUUCCUGACAAAAAGGAACCCAGUCCGCCAUCUCCAGGGAUGAAUCAGAUUAAUAACGCACCUUCAGAAGUCACAUUAUCUGUUUCGCGUCCUGCCAGUAAUGCUCUGUCAACAAUAUCUGUUGAUGAGAAUACGCUGGAGCUGCUAGACGUCGACCCAGAUGAUAGUAUAUUAGAUGAGUUGGAUAUCAGCAAAUAUUUAAUCUUGAAAAAACCAGAAGAAGAAGGCCCUGAUAUACGUGGUGGACAUCCAGAUGCCUUAAUCAUUCAUGCUACAAAAGCUAACAAAAAUGAUGAGAAGGAAUCAGAUUUCCUGUAUCAGGAGGCAUUCUUGACAACAUAUAGGACAUUUUUGUCACCAUUGGAAUUGAUCCAAAAAUUACACCGACGACAUCAAAGAUUUUCUUGCUUUCCGGACGUGCUAAAACAGCGCGCUGCCAAAGAGGCUUUUUCUCUACUUGUCAGAGUUGUUAGCGAUCUUACAAUAUCCGAUCUCGACGACGUGCUUCUCCAAACGUUAAUGGAAUUUGUACAGCAACUUGUAUGCAGCGGGGAUCUUACAAUGGCCAAAGCCUUGAGGGUGAAAAUUUUAGAAAAACAUACAAGAAAACGAUUACAAUCCACUCAGCCAAUUCUAGCAUCCCUCAGUGUCACGACGAGACAGUCGUCGUUGUUGGAUUUCAAAAGUGAGCAAAUUGCAGAGCAAAUGACUCUCCUAGAUGCAGGGCUGUUCAUAAACAUUGAGAUCCCGGAAGUGCUCAUUUGGGCACAGGAACAAAAUGAAGAAAGAAGCCCAAAUCUUACAAGGUUUACAGAGCACUUCAACAAAAUGUCGUACUGGGCCAGAUCACGAAUACUGGAACAGAGCGAGCCCAGAGACAGAGAAAAAUAUGUAGUCAGGUUCAUAAAAAUUAUGAAACACCUCAGAAAAAUAAAUAACUUUAAUAGCUACUUAGCACUACUCUCUGCAUUGGAUAGUGCUCCUAUCAGAAGGCUAGAAUGGCAGAAACAUAUAACAGAGGGAUUAAAAGAAUAUUGUGCUCUCAUAGACAGUUCCAGUAGCUUUCGAGCCUAUAGACAGGCAUUGGCUGAGACCCAACCCCCAUGCAUUCCGUACAUAGGGCUUGUUUUGCAAGAUUUGACAUUCGUACAUAUUGGAAACAGCAACUUGUUACCCGAUGGUACAAUUAAUUUUUCAAAAAGGUGGCAGCAGUUUAAUAUUGUUGAAAAUAUGAAGCGGUUCAAAAAAGGUAUGUAUACCUUUAAGAAGCAUGAACGUAUCAUAGCGUUCUUCAACAACUUCGAUGACUUCCUCUGUGAGGAUUCAAUGUGGCUGAUCUCAGAAAGUAUCAAGCCCCGGGGGGGUAAGAAGACGUAUCAGCAGAACUAGAGCUUGUCUAACCCUUUCACUGCCUGCGUAUCUCGUCCUUAGGGGAAAAGUAGUAGAUUAAGAUAUUUAAUAUUUAUUUAGGUACUUCAAUUGAUUCACAGAUGAUCAUAUUGUGGAAGGGUUAGUUCGAGCGUGUAAGAGAUCUAUUCCAUAUCUACAACCUCUGUGAGGUUCAUCUUUAAUGUAUAGCAUACGUAUACUUAACUAAACUUUCAUGAUUCUAGAAUUUGUGUCGAACUGAUUGUAGACUCAGGGUUCCUGAAUCUCGAUUACGCGUAUGAAUGAAAAAAGUGAACAUUUGUCAACAGUUUCAAAUCGGAGACUUUUUUUAAUACAGUUCGAUCUCGGGCAUCUACUGUCGGCGCGUCAAGUUUAGAAUCCUCAUUAUCAGUUUGGAGGCUUAUAACUACGAAGUAAAAAAUGACAGACCCGAAUUGUAAUGAGAUAGCGUAUAGAUUCAUGGCUCUCUGAGUCUAUGUUCAGUUUUAGCAUGAUUGUUUCUUUAAUACAGCUUCGGUAAUGCUUAGUAUAGUGCUGAUGAUAAACCCCAGACAUUACCUAGUAUCAACUUAGAUAUUUGUAAAGUUGCAUAUCUUAUUUAUUUCGCAUUAUCAUAGAUGAGUUGAACCAUCGAUUUUUAUUUCGCAAAACGUAUAAAUGUUUCAUGACUAAUACAUCAGAGAAGUUUUCUUGGAAACCUUAUAUUCACACUUUGAUCCAUUGAUUAAGAAUUGAUUAGAAUUGUGUUCUAAUACGAAACAACGAAUGAAAUAUAGCAACAAAUCGACACUCUGAUGUGUUUGUUACAUUAAUGUAUAAUUGAAUUAGGUGUAUGUUAAUGUCCAUUAUAUCUAGCUUUAUGUAGGUAGGAAAGUUUCAAUAAUCAACACCUCCGAUGUUGAUUACACAAGGGAGAACACCAAUGAAGUUGAUUAAUGUAGAGCCAUUGUUGUCUCGUUCUUGUGCCUCCUCGAUGUGCAAAUCGUGACACAUGGUAGGACUGAGAACAACUGUUACAUAUACUAUUGUAUAUGCUUAUAGGUGACAUUUUUUGUUGUUGAAACUCGUUGAUAGUCGAAGCUUUUAGCUGUAAGGCAAAUUGCUACCUAUGAAUUUGAUAAAUCGAAUGUUACACAAACCACGUACUUCCGGGAACGCUGUUGUAAAUUUGAAUGUUUUUUCAACGUUUCUCUGAUUAGGGCUACCUUAAAUUCAUCACAAGCUAAUAUUUCUACAUGCCAAAUGGUGCCCAUAACUUGUAUGUUGAAAGAUUAAAUUAUCUCAGGUUCACCGACCAGUUUAGUGACCUUUGGAAACACUCGAUUGAAACAUGGCCAUGGACUAUGUUGUGCAUUGUUCAAAAAUUCUCAGCUAAUGAAUACCGUUUGCAAUUCCAAACAAUAUAAUCUGCCUCACGUCAAUGCAUGAAUAGGAUAAAUCUAGUCAAUAAUUACUCUCCAUUUGCAUGAAGUUAAGAACCAUUUCAUUUUCGGUAUGACUCUCUUGAUGUGAUACACCUAUGUAUACCUAUCAUAAACAUGAUACACGUAAAAAUAAAAUUAACAAUACAUGUGUAAAAUCGCUGUGAAAUAAGAAACGUUAUUUAUGGGCAGUGAUAAUUUUUACUUUUAAGGUACAAGUCAAUUAUUCAUUCACCGAUGUGUACCAAAUUCAAAUAGUGGCUUACUAUCGAUGUGUUGUUACAGAUAUUGUAGUUAGCAAAACCAGGCGACUGAUCGUGAUAUCGUGCAGUCUGACAGAAAAUAGGAUAUGCGUAAUUUGCUUUCUUUUACACUCAGGUGUUUCCUGUAUUCCUCGGAGACUUCGAAAUGUAUAUAUUGAUUUUAUAUUGAAUUCAAACCAUACUAGUGCACAUGAGUCGGUCGAUAAGUCAAUUUUUUUUAUCAAGAGUUCGGAAAUCGUGAUCAAAUUGUGUUUAACGGGUAGUUCCGUUCAAAAUGAUCUAGCUAAUCAUUACUCGUGAUCAAACUCAAUUCCUGAACUCACUCGACACAUUUCUGUCUAGAAAUAGCAUAGCGUGAUGAGUUUACCGAAUCUUUAACGACGUACAUCAAAUUCAUGUGGAUAGUUCAACUGCACUCGUCUUUCAGCUCUGAUCAUGAUAAACGUUGCUCUUUUUACUAUGACUAAAUUGAUAUUUAUUGCAACAUUUUCGAGCAUAAGUUCAAUAUUCGUCAAAUACUUGCCCUUUCAGAGAUCUGAUAAGAUAUUUCAAUAGUGCUUUAACGAAUGAAUAAAAACAACUAGCAUAAUGCCAUUUGUGUUGUAAAAUUUUUAUGAUCACCAGUGGUUUUCGCGUUCUAUUAGCAACAAUAAGAAGAAUCGCAUAGUAAUAUUUAAAAACCAAAUCUAAUAAAAUGAUUCUGAGCAAUUUGUACUUCCGUACGUGUUGAUAAUAUCUACUUGAUGUAGAUAGUGUGUGUAAUAAAUAAACUAAUAUUUAUAUACCUAUAUAUGUACUACCAAAUGAAUUAAUAAUUUUAUUAAUGAUGUAAAUAAUUUCACUAUAUCUGUCAUUUCUCAAAUGUAUUAUUUGUAUCUGUACUCGUAAGUUGUAAAUUUCAAGCAACGUUCUUUCACUCUAAUCUGCUCAACAGAUGACGUUGAGAUUUUGUUUUUUAGGGUGAAGCAAUUUUUCAUUCUCGCGAUGCCAUAUUAAGUUGUAGGGUAGUCGUAAUUCAAGCUUUUUCUAUUGUUUUCAUUCAAUUAAACAUUCAAAUAUGACAAAAAAAAAAAAAAAAACACCUUUGAUUUGCCACCUUUUGAUUUUCUCUCCAAUUUUUUCACAAUUUGUAAUGAUUGAAAUGGAUUGUGAGUUUCCCAUAUGUGUUCAUUGUCUUAUCCGAAAUAACUUUCCCAGGUAAUACAUUUACUCAUCCAUCUACUGUCGACGCGUAAACUCUAGAGCCGUUAAUGUCGAUUACCGAAAAUUCUGCAAUACGAGCAAUUGGCAGUUCACGGUGUUAGAAAGUGUGUUUUUCUGCACAUUUCAGGAACAUUUCUGAAUUUUUCCAAUUUUUUUAAAGUCUUUCUACCGAAUAUUGACGCUUCAAAGUCGACCUUUCGGUGGUCAUAAUUGUCGGUGUGUUUUUUUCUUGAAAUUUGGAAAGGAGUCUUCAGACGCAGGAUACUCCAUGCUUUCGAACUUUUUCUGAAUUAUUGCUCUAUCAUUUUUUUUCGGUAGUUAUGAACCUCUAAUCUGAGGGCUCUUGUAAGCUUUACGCACUAACAGUAAGCGCAUAUGUGUACAGUUUACAUAGGUCACUUGCAAAUCAUAAAAUAUAAUCUUUCACCUGGCUCUUUCGUUCGUGAAUUAUGUAUAACUUCCAGGUGAUGAAUCUUCUCGCUUGAAAGACUAGAUAAACAAAAGUCAAUAUGAGGAACUUAUUACUUACAGCAAUAAUUUUUUUGCAAUGAUCAAUUAAUGAUUCCGAAAUUUUUACCUGUUCAGAUGAAAAUUUAUUGCUUUUGAAAAAAGAAAGUUCACGUUAUGUUCAAGUAACGAUACGCUUUCAGAUUUUUAUUUUUAAUGUCGAUUAGGUAUUAUUUAAAAUAAUCUGUAUUCACAAGUACAUCCGCCUCGAAAUAUUUCUUUUUACAUAAGAAAUCAGAAAUAACAAAUUACACACUCGUAAUGCUCGAAGCGGCUUGUGAAUACGGACCAAUCUAUGUACUGUAUAAUUACAAAAAAUAGAAAAUUUCAAUUUGCAACGAAAGUCUGACUUGAUUUCACGAGGGCGAAAAGUAAUAGUCGUUUAAAAAACUAAUACUUCUUUCGAACUAUCACCAUCAAUCAUACUAUAAAGAUUUGUACAGACAUCGCUCUGAGCGAUCGAAUAUUCUUCAAGUUUUCAUUGCAUAUGAUAAGAUCGAUGGUGUCGUUCAUACAUCGAAACUGCAUCCACCAAGUUGCUUAUACUGUACCUUAAUGUUAGUCCAUGAGUGAACUGAAUUUCCAACACAGGAAAUAUUCAGUAACUUUAAAGUAUAGUCAUUUGCUAAACAUAAAAUAGUGAUUACAACUAUUCAUAAUAAUCUUAGUUGCAAGUUCAUUAAAAUUCAUUCAUUUUUGUAAAUAGAAAAUCACUGUAACAGCAUGACAUUAAUGCUACGAUUUCACCGAUGCAUCGCCUGAUGUCUUGAAAUUUUUUUUUUCUCCAGUGUCUAAUACCGUUAAGGUUUAAUUGUCAAAUGCGACGAACGGAAGAACCGUGAUAGAAUAUUAGUCCACUGUGACCUCCAAUGUUGACUUCCAGAGGACAGUGAUUAUAAAGCUAUGCAUGAAGCAUUCAUCAGAGUAGAGUAGUAACUUUGCAAUAAAUAAAGUAAUUCAACGUGUAUCAGCCUUGUACUUGCAAUUUGACAGGACUUAUGUUGUAAUACUCGAGAUACGAAAAUUUUUAAUCAGCUACAGUACGGAACGUUCAAUAUAUUCAUGAUGGAACGAAUACUCCCGCAAUAUGGUUACAUUGUAGUUACAGAAGUCUGCCUGUCCCUUGGAUAAUACGAUAUAUUAUUGUUAUCUGAUUGUUAGCAAAUGUUGUUGCUAUGUAGGUACUAAUAAUCUAUUACCAACGCUAAAAUUAAAAGAUGUGGUAUAUCUGUAUUCUUAUAAUUAUAGAUUCAGUGGUAAGUACCAAAAAAACAAAUACUCAUGAAGUAAAUAUAGAUGUACAGUAAUAAUACAUACACAGUUCGACGCAAGAACCUCAAGUUUAUAUGCAUACUGUUCCAAAAUAUUCACGAAAGUACAUAUCUUUCUCCAACAUAUAAAACAAAAAAUAUCGAACACAAAUCUCCACGAAAGAUUCAUCUCAAUAUGUAAAUUAACAUACUUUUCGACUAUCGUAGCUUGCUAACAUCUGAUCAGACCUCCACAGAGUUUGAUUACAUAGUGUUUAGUAAACAUCCUGAUGUUUCUGAACAAGGACCACCAUUUCAAUGCAAAAUAAAAAAAAAAGGAUCUUUCAUAUAAAAAUUGAUGCAUGAUAACACUGGGAACAAUUGUAAUUUUUGUUUUUUACUCCCUCCCCUAAUACUGACUUCAAUCGACAUCAUACUCUAGUUAUGAUUUUUUGAUACUAUCAACAAUAAUCGACCACUCUUAGUGUUUUACGAUUAGAAUGUCCCUAAUUAGGGACGUUCACGUCAUGACACUACAUUUAUUGGGAUUAGAAUGUUUUCGAAUAACACCUUAUAAUAUCACAUAAAGUAUAAUAAUAUGUACAUGUCUGUUAAUCCAACUAAUUGUUUUCCAAGUAAUUUAAGUCAAUGAUGGUGAGAAUAUAAGUAAUAUUUCGUAUUCAUUAUUCGCUGCUGGAAGUAAAAAUGAGACUUGCAUCGGUCAACAGUUUGUACAUGAUUUUGAUAUAAUUUGACUGGAUGCCGUCAAUGAAUAUAAUCAGAGGUCCACCAGAUUGGACUGUCAAAGUUCCAUCCAAGUCUAGAUCAUUUCUCAUUUUAGAUGAAAAUUUACCUUGACGAGUCGAAAAUAUUCUGUGGGACAUCUGAUUAUUGAAAAACCCCAUCAUUAAGCAUAUCAUUGGUAAGUGUGUGAUAUUAACAGUAUAUUUGAGGACCCUAAUAAAUGUUGUAAUAAUGCUCGUACUUUUAACAAAUUUUACCUAUGUGAAAAGUGCUUAUAUGUGAUUAAUUACUACACACUUGUAUGUAUAUACCGUCUAGUUGGCUGCGAUCAUAUUUUUCUAAGUGGUAUUUGAUUGUAACUAAUAUUCAGACCGUGAUAUGCUCUGUAUACUAUCAGUCGUACCGUUUCAAUUAACGGUGAUCCUGACACAUCUAGCGAUGAAUCUGAAAAAUGACUCAUCCGUUCAUUCUGUCCACUGUAAAAGCUUAUUUUCCGUUAUUUCUAGGCAUAUUAAGUGUUCGCGAGUACCUACUCACCUAAGUUAUUCAGUUUAGGCGCUCUUUCUUGUGAUUAAUGUAUAUGACGGAGAAGAAUAAAUAGCGUAUGACAGUCUAUAAA